AUGGACUCUAAUAAAAAAGCCACGGUCAUUGAUGUCGAAUCUGAAGAUGACAUCGUUAUUUCUGGCAUCGCCGGUAGAUUUCCUAAAUCGGACAAUAUUAGACAGCUUCAAGAGAAUCUAUUUAACAAAGUGGAUCUUGGAACAGAUGAGGAACGACGAUGGAAUCAUGGUCACCCAGAUCUACCUCAACGUAUGGGAAUGAUUGACAAUUGCGAGAAAUUCGAUGCAGAUUAUUUUAAAAUACCUUUCAACGAAGUCCAUCCUAUGGAUCCUAUGAGUAGGAUGCUCAUGGAGCAUACAUAUGAAGCUAUCGUUGACGCAGGAAUAAAUCCGAAAGAUUUAUCUGGAACGAAUACUGGAAUUUUCAUCGCAAUGUGCUUUUCGGAGUCGGAGAAGACUUGGUAUUUUGAAAAACCACAGAUAGCUGGCGGUGCAGCUUUUGGAUGUUUCAAGCCUGUGUACGCAAAUCGGAUGUCUCACUGGUUAAAUAUAACAGGCCCAUCUUGCAUUAUCGAUUCCGCCUGCAGCUCAGGUCUCUUCGCUUUAGAGUCCGCUUAUAGAAGUAUUCGCUCAGGGCAGUGUGACGCCGCUAUUGUCGGCGGUGUAAAUCUCUGCCUGCAUCCUUAUGUAGCUUUGCAGUUUGCAAGACUUGGAAUUUUAGCACCUGACGGAUUCUGCAAACCUUUUACCAACGAUGCAAACGGUUACAUGCGUAGCGAAACAAUCGGAGUCGCAUUUUUACAAAAAGCAAAGGUGGCUAAGAGAAUUUAUGCAACCGUCGUUUACGGAAAAACUAAUUGCGACGGAUACAAGGAACAAGGCAUUACUUUCCCGUCGAGCAAAAUGCAACAAACUUUACUUGAAGAGUUUUACAAGGAAUGCGGUAUUUCGCCGACUUGCUUGGGCUAUAUGGAGGCUCACGGCACCGGCACUUAUGUUGGCGAUCCAGAAGAAAUUAAUGCACUCGAGCAAGUUUUCUGCAAGAACAGGCAAACUCCUCUAUUAAUCGGUUCUAUCAAAUCAAACCUGGGCCAUUCUGAAGCUGCUAGUGCCAUGUGUCAAAUUGCAAAGGUGAUAAUUGCAAUGGAAACUGGCUUAAUACCGCCAAAUAUAAACUUCACACAAAUACGGAAAGGAGUUAAGGCUUUUGAAGAGGGAAGUAUACGCGUGGUGACUAACACAACACCGUGGACUUCUGGAUUUAUGGGCAUCAAUUCGUUUGGUUUUGGUGGAGCCAAUUGUCACAUCUUGUUGCGAAAUAACACAAAAGAAAAGAUCAAUAAAGGAGCGCCGAAUGAUAAUCUGCCCAGACUCGUUGUCCUGUCUGGACGUACCGAACAAGCAGUUGAAUCAUUUCUAAAUGAGAUCGAGAACCGGCCGAUAGACGUCGAAUAUGUACGGCUAUUGCAUGAUCUUUACGCUGACGAGAUGAAAAAUCAUCCUUACAGAGGAUACGUGAUUGUCGAAUCUAAAACGCCGAUCAAAGCGGCAAAAGAAAUACAAUAUUAUUCAGGUGAAAAAAAACCGAUUUGUUUUGUGUUCUCUGGAAUUGGAUCGCAAUGGAUUGGCAUGGGUCAAGCGCUACUGCGAUUCCCAAUAUUUUCCAAAACCAUAGAAAAAUGCGAUAUCAUUUUAAAAAUGCAUGGAAUAUAUAUCAUUGACAUAUUAACGAGCAAACAUGAAGAUAUUUUUCACGAUAUAUUGAAUUCACUUGUGGCCAUCACCGUAAUGCAGGUGGGAUUAAUCGAUCUCUUAAGAUCCGUAAAUAUCGUACCAGAUUAUGUCGUUGGUCACUCAAUUGGUGAACUCUGCUGCGCGUAUGCGACCGGUAAUUUCACCCUUGAACAAGUGAUUUUAUCUUCGUAUUACAUAGGAUUGGGAUUGAAGGAAACAAAAAAAAUUAACUGCACGAUGGCGAAUAUCGGUCUCAGUUAUGAGAAUGUGAAGAACAUAUGCCCACCGGAUAUCGAAGUAAUCUACAGCAACAGUCCAAAUACUUGCUCCAUAAGCGGUCUAAAAAAAUCAGUAAAAGCGUUUACAAAACAAUUAGAGGCCAAUAAUGUAUUUACUGAGGUAGUCAACUGCUGCGAUAUUCCUCUACAUACUCGUUAUCUCCUCCCCGCGAGAGCCACGAUUCUAGCUUACCUAAAUCGAAUAAUGCCGCAAACAAUGACUCCCAAUCAGAUAUGGCAAAGUUUAUUUUGCAGCGAAAAAUUAUCCUGCGCUGAAUAUUUCACGAAUAAUCUAUUGAGUCCUGUAUUUUUCGAUAAAACCGCGCAAUUAAUUCCCAGAAACGCAGUGACUCUUGAAAUCGCGCCGUAUGCUAUUCUUCAAAGUGUUACGAAAGAACUGUUCCACACAACCAGCAUCACGUUACUUCAGCGUAAUCACGAAGAUAACGUCAAAAUAUUUUUGGAAGGUCUAGGAAAAAUGUACAACAAUGGCUUGCAACCGCAAUUAGCAAAUCUAUAUCCGACCGUAAAAUUUCCUGUUAGUCGUUCCACGCCGAUGAUCUCGCCGUCAAUCAAAUGGGACCAUUCUAAAGAUUGGUACUUAACAUGUUAUAAAAUGCUGACGAAACUCUCUGUCGGAGAAAGAAUGGUUGAAAUUGCGCGAAAUGACGAAGAAUACGAAUAUAUGAGCGGUCAUGUGAUUGACGGAAGACAGUUAUUGCCGGCUACUGGAUAUCUCAUGCUAGUUUGGCAAACAAUGGGUUUGCUGAAAAGUCUAUCGUAUACCGAUAUGCCGAUCGUAUUUGAGAAUGUCAAGUUCAUUCGGGCAACGCACGUUCCAAAACAAGGACCCGUGUAUCUAAGAAUAAUUGUGCAGAAAGCAACUGGAAAGUUUGAAGUCAUCGAAGGAGAUAAUGCCGUCGUCACUGGCACUGUGCGUGAACCGACAAAUAUUGCCGAAGAAAAGUUACCGAGUCAUCUGUUAAAUCAAGAGAACGACAAUGAGGAGGAAGUAAUGAAAACAAAAGAUAUCUACAAAGAACUCAGAUUACGAGGAUAUCAAUACGCCGGCAUGUUUCGAGGUUUGAAGAGUUCGUCGACUACGGGAAAACAAGGGCACAUAGCUUGGAUGUACAAUUGGGUAACAUUUAUGGAUAAUAUGCUGCAAAUGAAAAUCCUCGGGAUAGACACGAGGAGUCUUCACGUUCCCACGGGAAUACAAAAGUUGGUGAUCGAUACGAAAUUUCACAUACAGCAAGUACGGAACGCAGCAGCUAACGAUUAUCAGCUUCCUGUGCGUGUGUACAAAACCUUCGACGCGGUAGUAUCCGGCGGUGUAGAAAUUCGCGGAAUCAAGGCUACUUCCAUAUUUCGCCGAAAAACAGCGGGGGAGCCCGUUCUCGAAGAAUACAGAUUCAUAGCUCAUCGCGACGGAGCCGAGGUUUCUCUACAAGAAGCCGUGAUGCUGUCGACGCAUCUCGCUCUGGAGUAUCAUCAAGUGAUAAAAGUAAAUAUUAUCGAAUUGAUCGAAGAUGAUGACAAAGUAGAAACAAAUGAAAUAGCAUCGCCACUGUUUAUUGAUAUCUUGGGUGAUCUACCGUUGCUUCAACCAAACAUUACUCUGGUAACCAGAACCGAUCGCUUCGAUUGCGUUACUCUUCCUUCGAAAAUCACAGUCUCGCAAUCGAAGAAGUUGUCGAAUGACGAUAAGACAAUAUUAAUCAUAGGAUACGAUUUGUUCACGAAGAAUAAGAGCAAAACCUUAAAAGAAAUUUUGCCGGCGUUACAAAACAAUGGAUUCUUAUUGACACGAGAACAGUCCUUCACGAAAGACGACAUUGCGACUGCCGAAAAGUACGAUUUAGCAGUAGUACUUGAGAAACGCUCGCAGAAAGAGCACUUUAUACUGUUAAAGAAGACAGAACAGUCGACGAGGAAAACUAAAGUUAUUCACGUGAACAAUUACGAGUUCUCUUGGUUAGAGCAGCUUAAAUCGAUCUUGAACGCGAAGAACGAGUCAAGAAACGCUGCAAAAAUAAUUUUAGUCAGCGAGAAAGAUUCGGAAUGCGGCUUGUUGGGCCUCGUCAAUUGCUUGAGAAGAGAACCAAACGGCGAAUCGAUCAGAGGAGUGUUUAUUCAAGACGAAACUGCACCGGAGUUUUCUUUGCACGAGCCAUUAUACGCGGAGCAACUCCGGAUCGAUCUUAUUAUAAAUGUCUUGCGUCCGGAUAAAACAUGGGGUUCAUACAGACAUCUUCCGUUAGCGCCGCUGACACCGAAGCUCGUAUACCACGCAUUUGCCAAUCAAUUGGUGAGCGGUGAUUUGAGUUCAUUUCGCUGGAUUGAAGGCCCGAUUACCCCGGAUUAUAAGGAGAAUAAUCUCGUUCACAUAGCUUACUCGUCUAUCAAUUUCAAAGAUGUAAUGAUAGCGUCCGGCAAACUGGCGGGAGAUGGUUUCUACUUAACGCGCGGACGAUUCGAGGAUUGUAUGAUGGGUAUGGAAUAUGUCGGCGUCGAUAAUACUGGACAAAGAGUGAUGGGAAUUUGGGAAAACAGAUGUAUAUCAAAUAUGUGCAUAUCCUACAAAAACUUAUGCUGGAACGUUCCCGACGAGUGGAGCAUGGAAGACGCUGCAACGGUUCCGUGUGCUUACGGCACGUGCUGUUACGGAUUAAUCGUCAAAGCGAAUAUGAAAAAGAGCGACACGAUACUCAUCCACUCCGGUACCGGUGCCGUGGGACAAGCUGCGAUUCAUCUUGCGCAUCACAAAGGUUGCGAGAUAUUCACCACCGUUGGCACUCCGGAAAAGCGAAAAUUUAUCAGAGACACGUUCCCGUUCAUCCCAGAGAAUCACAUUGGAAAUUCGCGCGACAACAGUUUUGAGCAAAUGAUACUUAGUCAGACCAACGGCCGUGGCGUGGACAUUGUAUUGAACUCGCUCGCCGAAGAAAAACUCCAGACGUCCAUCCGUUGCCUCGCGAAGGGCGGGCGUUUUCUGGAAAUCGGCAAAUUCGAUUUUAUGGCCAAUAAUUUGUUGAAUCUGUCCAUCCUUUCGAAAGGAAUUUCAUUUUACAGCGUUAUGUUGGAUAAUAUGUUCACAGCUCCGGAAAAACUAAAAGAACAAUUGCACAAGGUAGUGACCAUAAAUCUUGCGAAUAAAGCUAUUCAACCGAUUGCCAGGAAGAUUUUCGAAAAGGAUGAAGUGGAAGCUGCAUUCAGAUACAUGGCAGCUGGAAAGCAUAUAGGAAAGAUAAUCAUAAAAAUGCACGAAGAUGGUGAAUCUAUGAACGCACCCAUUCUUGCACUUCCACGCUAUUACUGUCUAUCGAACAAAUCGUACAUCAUCUUAGGCGGGUUGGGUGGCUUUGGCUUAGAAUUAGCCGACUGGCUAAUUGUUCGUGGUGCUCAGAAUCUGGUGUUCAUCUCGCGCGCUGGAGUAAAGAACGGAUAUCAGCAGAUGAAGAUCGAUCUAUGGAAAUCUUAUGGAGUGAAAGUGUUAAUCAUAUCGGACGUCGACGUAUCGAAAGUCAAAGAUUGCGAAUAUAUGCUGAAAUCGGCGGAGAAACUGGCGCCGGUGGACGCUAUAUUCAAUCUGGCUGUGGUAUUGAAUGAUAAAAUUUGUCCGAAUCAAACUGUAGAGACGUUCCAAGAGCCCUUCAAAGCGAAAGCUUGGGCCACGAAGAACUUGGAUCAUUUGACCAGAAAAAUAUGUCCUCAGCUUCGUCAUUUUGUUGUGUUCUCUUCGGUAUCUUGCGGUAGAGGAAAUGCCGGACAGACCAAUUACGGCAUGGCAAAUUCCAUCAUGGAAAGAAUUUGCGAGAGAAGAGUGCAAGAGGGUCUGCACGGACUAGCGGUUCAAUGGGGUGCGAUCGGCGAUGUCGGCCUCGUGGCUGAUAUGCAAGACAACGACAAAGAAAUGGUUAUCGGCGGCACUUUGCAGCAAAAGAUAACUUCCUGCAUCUCGAAACUCGAGGACUUUUUGUUACAAAAACAGCCUAUAGUGGCGAGCAUGGUUGUAGCCGAGAAGCGGUUGAUCACUUACGGCGCAUCCAGUAUUAUCGAAACUGUGGCCAAUAUUAUGAAUCUGAAGGACAUGAGUACCGUGGCUCAUCACAUGCCUUUGUCCGAGCUUGGAAUGGACUCGAUGAUGGCCGUGGAAAUUAAACAGACUUUGGAACGGGAGUAUGAGAUUUUCCUUACCGCGCAGGAUAUUCGUAAUCUCAAUUUCGCUAAGCUCGCCAAAAUGUUCGAAAAAGAUGUGAAGAACGACGAACUCACCGAUAUAACAGGAAUGAAAUUGCUCAUUCGCAUAUCAGGCGAAGAUCAAUUGAUACCCGAUGUUUGUAUAAAGCUUCCGACGAAAGAAAGCACGACGGAAAGCGAAAUAUUCCUAUUGCCAGGUAUAGAGGGUUGUGGAAGCGUCUUUGAUUUGCUGGUGCCAAAACUCGAAGGUUCAGCAACGUGCCUGCAACACAACAUGUAUAACAUUGGCACAGACUGUACAUCAAUAAAAGAUAUCACUAAUAGCCUGUUACAGCACAUUUUGAGCAGAGAACAAAAAUUGCCACAAAAUUUUGUACUAGUCGGCUAUUCGUAUGGAUCGAUAAUUGCAAUUGAAUUAUCGCGGAAGUUAGAAGAAAUGAAUCUCAAAGGCCGAUUGAUACUCAUCGAUGGAGCACCCGAGCACAUGAAGGCAAUGGCUAAUGUAUAUUAUCCUUUCACUACGUUAAAUGAAUUCCAGAAUAAUGUUCUUUUGGGUAUAAUGGAUUUGUUUCAACCAGCAGUUAGUGGAAAGUUUCUGUUGGAGUUAAACAAAUGUACUAAUACUAAUUGGGACGAAAAGAUAGAAAUUUUUUUAAAACAUGCCUCUUCGGCUUAUUCACAAGUAAUGAUUAACAAAAGAAAAGCCUUGUGCACAACAAUAUAUAAGCAUUUGAUCGGUCUUCAUGAAUACGAUGUGACACAAGUACCGAAGAUCGAAUCACCUAUAAUACUUCUGAAGCCUACGACACAUUCAUUACUUUUUCCUCAAGAAGAUUAUGGUCUGCACAAGAUUACUAAAGGAAAGAUAGAAAUACACUAUGUUGAAGGCACUCACCUUACAAUAAUGGACAAUGAGAAAGUUGUUGCUGCAAUAAAUGAAGCAAUUAAUUCCAUCGAACCUAUUCAAAAGCAUGCAAAUAUAAUAGGUAAUAAUAAUAUGACAUUGGUUCAAAAUAUCCGUACUAGAACAUAAAAGUUAAUGUGCAAUUUUAAAUACUAUAUGUA